AUGCAGCCUCUCAUUUUUCUUACCGUAGCAUCUUUGCUGGCUGUGGUUUUGGGUGAAGUGGCAGUUUUUAAGAAAUGUGAAUCAGCAUCAGACGACAUAUGUACGGUUUCCGAGGUGAGGAUUACACCGUGUAAAGGUAAUAAGAUCUGCAAGUUGAACAAAGGCGAAGAAUACUCGAUAUCCUUUGACUUCGAACCAAAAUUCUCAACACCAAAACUGAAGACAGGGGUUUUCUGGGCGAACGGCGCUGUUGACGUUCCCUUCGCGGCGCUGCAAGAUGCUGACGGCUGCCAGUAUACUACCUGUCCCACGGAGGCCGGCAAGUCGCAGCAGCUGAACUACAGCCUGAGAAUAGGGAAGAAGUUUCCAAGUGGUAAAUUUACAUUCAAAUGGAAAGUGUGGAAUGAAGAAAACGAUGAUCAAUACUGCUGCUUUUUAACGAACAUCCGAAUGUAA